AAUUACCGAACAAAAAUAUAAGAUGAAAUGUGUAGGCAGGGGAGUAGGCCUCUUGGACUUCCAUCACACUGCGCGAGAAAUAUACUCAUAUCCUAUCCCUUCUCUCUCUGUCUCAUGAUCACCUUCACCGCCUUACAAUGUCCGACGUCCCCUCCGACCUCUUCCGCGACAUUCUCCUCCGCCUUCCGGCGGACUCCCUCCUCCGCUUCCGAGCUGUCUGCAAGGACUGGCGCCGCACCAUCGACUCCUCCUCCUUCAUCAAAUCCCACACUCUCUACCAACACCACUCCCACACCCCCACUCUCCUCCUCCGAGACUCCGUAUUCUGCCGCCUCUACUCCUUGUCUCUCCACCCUCCGCUAACCUACGCCCAUCUCACCCGCAUCAAGACGCUAGUUCGCACCGGCGUCCCUCUCCUCCGCCACCUCCCCACCACCUCCUGCAACGGCCUCCUCCUCAUUUCUCACUACAACUUCACCAAAAAAUGGGUCGUAUGGAACCCCUUAACUCGGGAAUUCCACACCCUGCCCGAGCCCGAUUUCCACAUCGACAUACCCUUCGCCGGCGUCGGCAUUGGCUACGACUUAUCCUCCGACGACUAUAAAGUCGUCAAAAUCUAUUACUGGUACCGUGAUGGAAAAAUCGUGUACACCACUCUGAUUUACAGUCUCAAGACCGGAUCGUGGAAGCCCAUCAAAGACUUCCCCUGCGAUUCGAUUCUGCUGCGGAGCGAGGGGGUUUAUCUCGACGGCGCAUUGCACUGGUUAUCCGAGAAUGUGAUCAUGGCGCUCGAUUUGGGGAUUGAGGAGUAUCGCCUCGUGCUGCCGCCGCUCACCACCCGGCUCGGGGAGCCGCUCGACAUGUACGUGGACGCCAUGGAUGGAUGCUUGAUCCUCAGCUGCUACUACACUAGCGAGGGGCUGUUGAUGGAUGGUUACGAGUGCUUGGAAGGAUGGGUGAUGGAAGGUGCGGAGUGGGUUAAGCUGUUUUCUUUUGGGGAAGAAGCAAAAGCUGUUAGUGUUGCUGCUGUUAUGAGAGAAGUGAGGCCAGUAGCGUAUUUGAAGAGUAGAGGCCAAGUUUUUCUGCAUCAUGAUCGCCAUUUUUACUGCUUGGAUGUUUGCAAGAAUUCUGGGAAGAAGGUCUCCAUUCAGGGCCUUCCCCAAUGUUUCACUUGUCAAGAUUUUCGAGGAAGCCUUGUUCGCCUCGUCGACCACCAUCAUGGUGUGGCUGGAAAAAGAUCGAAAGCCGGAGUGAAUUGGAAGAAGAAGAAGAGGGAUCAAACAAGGUUUUUUUUUUUUUUUUUUUGAAAAAAGCAGCCUUCUUACAUUUGAAGAUUUAUGAAUGAGGAUGUUUUUUCUUGAUUGCAGGUUAAAACUCUCCGUAACAGUUGAAGAUUUAUGUAAUGCCAAUUCAAGUUUGUCCAUUGAGGGUGAGAAUUAGUGAUGUACGUGGAAUGCAUCCCUUUUGAGCUUUUGCAAACAUGGGUGAAAAUUACGUGCUUUUGCAAAUAUGGGUGAAAA